UUUUGCUGAUACAUUUAGGAAUCACUGGGCGCAAUCGGAGGGGAUAAUUUUACCAACUACCGAACGUGGUUGAGUGGACAUAUGAUGCUACUACAGUUAAUUCAUCGGCAGUUUUAUUUUCAUCUCAUUUAUUCGUGUUAAGUCAUUUCGAUCUGUUUCACAUUCGCACAUUAUUUGUUUACAUUUAACGCGAUUAUAAAUUAUCCGGAAGUUGAACCGUGAUUUGUGUUCUAAAUUAUUAUAAUUAUCUGUUAAACAGCAAAUUUCGUAUUUCGCCGUUUACACGCUAUUUUGAAGUGACACCGUGAUUUUAAGCAUGCAUUUCCGCGCCUUUUUAAUAAACUCUAUGUUGACGAUGCAGUCUGCGUUUUGAGAGAAAUUCAAUUAUUCACCAUAGACGAGUUGGAAGAGUGAGUAAAAGUUAUUAAAAUAGAGCGCCUACGGAGGUCGGUUACGAGCUGACCACCAUAUAAUGGUUGCUGACGAUGAUCCAGGACCAACACCAAUAGAUCACGCAGACCAUAAUGGAGAUGUAAUUGUAGGAGCUCCGACGAAUAAUUUACCCAAAAAAGAUCACGAACAACUUAAUAACGGAAAGAUAACCACAAUUGAUACUGUCGACCUUCAGGUCAAAGAUCCUCCUCCACCCACAAACGGUAAAUUUGAGAUAGUUGAAAAUGGCCAAAUAUUCGACGCAGUGGAUUUUGAACGAGCAAUCGAACUUGCCGGUUAUGGAAAAUUUCACUAUUUCUUACUGGUCAUAUGUGGAUUUGUCAGUACGAGCGAAGAGAUGGAUGUUAUAUCGAUGUCUUUCAUACUGCCUUCCGCCCAGUGUGACUUAAGUCUGGAUACACAUUCCAAAGGAUGGCUCAACUCUAUAAUAUUCAUCGGUAUGAUGGCUGGUGCUUAUAUGUGGGGUUCUCUGGCAGAUACCCUGGGAAGAAGAAAAGUAUUGAUAGUUAUAUCAUUUACUAAUGCAAUAUGUAUAAUUGCAUCAACAUUCGCGCAAUCAUAUAGCGUUUUUAUGUUGUUUAGAUUUUUAAAUGGCGCUGCGCUAGGGGGCAGUGGACCAGUUAUUUGGUCAUAUUUCGCAGAAUUUCAACCUAAACUUAAAAGAGGCUCUAUGCUCAGUUCAAUGGCUGCAUUUUGGACUUUGGGAAAUUUAUUCGUAGCCAGUUUAGCCUGGAUAAUCAUUCCUCAGACAAUCGGACAUCAGUCACAAUAUUUUACUUAUAAAUCAUGGCAAAUAUUUUUAGCACUGUGUUCUAUUCCGAGCUUUAUUGUAGCUGUCCUUUUACUAUACUUGCCAGAAAGUCCAAAGUUCCUCUUAACACAAAAUCAACACGAAAAAGCAAUGAAAGUUUUCCAAAGGAUAUACCAAGCAAAUACCGGAAACGAAAUGUCUUCGUAUCCGGCUAGGAGUUUAAUCAUUGAAAACAAAACAACGACGAAUAAAAUGCCAUCAGUAUGCGAGGGUAAUUCGAGAACCCAUCUUUGUAAAGUUAUGUUGGGCGGUAUAAUUGAGAACACAAGACAGCUAUUUAUUCCACCAAUCCUACGUUAUACAUUGAUCUCUAUAACCAUUAAUCUUACAUUUCAUAUUGGGUAUUACGGUCUCAUGAUGUGGUUUCCUGAAUUAUUCAAUCGAUUCGAUGAGUAUUCCAAAGCUCAUAAUGGAUUACAAAAUGCUACAGUUUGUCAGGUGACUGAAUAUAUCACGAGCACGAAAGAUUACCUGAAUUCUACUGCACAAGAUUCAUUUUGCACCAGUAGUAUUGCCGGAGGUGUUUUUCUGGAAUCAUUUAUCACUGUAGCUGCCGCUUUACCCAGUAACAUUUUAGCUGUACUUGGUAUGGACAAACUUGGAAGAAAAUUUUUUUUAGUUUUUAGCACGAUAUCUUCAGGAGCAUGCGCUAUCAUAAUGUCCUUUAUCGUGAGUAAAACCCAAAAUUUAAUAGUAUCCGCCACAUUUAGUAGCGUCAUCAGUUGUGGAAAUGCGGCCCUUGAUUGCCUAAUAACAGAAAUAUUUCCUACUAAUUUGAGAGCUACUGGUGUAGCCAUAUCCAUGGUUGCAGCUCGAUUUGGUGGUAUUAUUGGUAACAUCGUAAUAGCGACUCUACUAGAUCUGUAUUGCCCCGCACCUACAUUCAUUGUUGCAUUUCUUUUAAUAAGUGGAGGUUUGAUGUGUCUGUUUUUACCGAACACUACACGAGAACCAUUGUCUUAAUUGAUGUAUUUAUUUAUUUUUUUACGUUUUUGUUGUAACUUGUUGAUUAUUAUUGUUUUUUAAUGUAUUUAUUUUUGUUAUUUUAUAAGAAUUUGAAGAAUAAUUUUUAUCAUUUUUGUGAUUAUAAUUUUAUUAAAAUAAUUUCUUACUGCUUU